AUGUUUGGAUUACCUGUGGGUAAUCUGUGGAAUCCCUGUUGGAAUAGAUGGGCAGCCGAAGACCAUGUGCUUCAUGAUACAGAUGAAAAUCGGAGGUUACAGCGUAAAUUGGCCAAAAAAGCAAUAGCUCGCCUGAGAGGUACAGGAAAAAAGAAGAGACGCUGUAGGUUACCUGGUGUUGACUCUGUCUUAAAAAGUGUGCCGAUUAAAGAAAAACCUCAAAAUGACGAAAACUCAAUAAGCAGUACCUGUCAGGACAGCUGUGGCAGAAAGAAUGAAGAACUGAAAGAACAUCGCCAGCGGCGUAUUAAAGUAAAGACUAAAGCGAAAAAAAAAGUAUUGUCGCUGCGCUCAAGAAAAGACAUGGAUGAAAGAACAAUAACCAUAGAUAUCCCUGAAGUUCUCAAGAAGCAGCUUGAGGAUGACUGUUACUAUAUCAACAGGAGGAAACGGUUAGUGAAACUUCCAUGCCAGACCAACGUCAUAACAAUUUUGGAAUCCUAUGUGAAGCAUUUUGCUAUUAAUGCAGCCUUUUCAGCCAGUGAGAGGCCUCGUCACCAUCAUGCCAUGAUGCAUUCACAUAUGAAUGUGCACUAUGUCCCAGCAGAAAAGAAUUUGGAAAAUACCCGUGACUUUACAGAGUCUCUAAUCUUUUCUUUCUCAAUCCUCUGUAAGGAGAUGGUGGAUGGAUUACGAAUUACCUUUGAUUAUACUCUCCCAUUGGUUUUGCUCUAUCCAUAUGAACAAGCUCAAUAUAAAAGAGUGACAUCAUCUAAAUUUUUUGUUCCUAUUAAGGAAAGUACCACCACAACUAAUAGGAGCCAGGAGGAGCUGUCUCCUAGCCCGCCUUUGUUGAACCCAUCCACACCACAGUCCACUGAGAGCCAACCAACUAGCGGUGACCCAGUCACUCCCAAGAGGCGCAAAGCUGAUCCAGAAGCCCUGCAGUCUCUAAGGCGGUCCACGCGCCAUAGCACUAACUGUGACAGGUUGUCGGAGAGUAGCUCCUCACCUCAGCCCAAGCGUCGGCAGCAGGACACAUCUACCAACAUGCCAAAACUGUUUCUGCACUUGGAAAAGAAGACACCUGUGCAUAGCAGAUCAUCUUCCCCCAUUCCUCUGACUCUGAGUAAGGAAGGGAGUGCUGUAUUUGCUGGCUUCGAAGGGAGAAGAACCAAUGAAAUAAAUGAGGUCCUAUCUUGGAAACUUGUGCCUGACAAUUACCCGCCAGGAGACCAUCCACCUCCCCCUUCAUACAUUUAUGGCGCACAGCAUUUGCUGCGAUUAUUUGUCAAACUUCCAGAGAUCCUUGGGAAGAUGUCCUUUUCGGAGAAGAAUCUGAAGGCUCUACUGAAGCACUUUGAUCUCUUUCUGAGGUUUUUAGCAGAAUACCAUGAUGACUUCUUCCCGGAGUCAGCAUAUGUUGCUGCCUGUGAGGCACACUACAGCACCAAGAACCCCAGGGCAGUUUACUAAAGUUUCCAUGGUUUGGGAAAAAUAGCUGUACGAUGUGGCUUUAUAUUUUAGGUUCCAGGUGAAGCGUGAAUGAAAUGGUGGACUUCCCCUGGGGGUUCUCUGACAGAAGCAGGCUCUGUUCUUCUGAGUUGCUCACAUACGUUUAUUUCUGUUAAGAAUUAUUUUCUGACCUCAUCAUGGUGGAACAUGCCUAUAGGGGGAAUUGAUUUAAUUAAUUAAUUAAUGAUUUUUUUGGUGUCAUGAUUACCUCCU